UGUCUCGGUUCCUUGAAUGCCCAUGCGGCAAGUGUUAUUAGUAAACCUCAAUAUAUAAUUGGUUUCCUAACGGGGUUCCACCUUGCGUAUUAAAAAAAAAAAAUCAUCAAUUUAUGUUGAAUUGUCGAUAUUGUGUUGUCGUUUGCAAUUCAAAAGUUCUCAAUCUCAAUCACAUCCCUCUGACAAUUUUGUUGUAGCCCUGAAUUAGCUCAGCAGAAUCAGGGCUUGAUAAUUACUUGACAAGUUCAACCAGAUUAUUUGACAAUUUUUAUUUCUGCUAACAGGGAUUCUUGAUUUUGCAUGAACACAUGCAUGUCAAAGCAGUGUUAAUAAAGUUACUUUUAAAUUAAAGAAUUGUAGUUUCAGCACUUUAAUUUUAUUAAUUUAACUCAUUAUUUUUAAUUCUUACAGGGCAAAUUCUUCAAUAUUUAAGGCCUAGAGAAUUACCCCUCCAAAUUAAUAGAUAAACAAACAGAACACAAAUAGCAUUCUAUAUGUAGGCAUAGGAACUGCUCUAACAUUACAAAACAUCUGAUUUAUGACCUAAUUAUCCAUAUUAUGCCUGUGAUUUUAUUUUGACACAUGGGUCUUUUUUCAUGUUCAAGCCAGUACCACAUUACUGUGGAAUUGCUUCCUGCUUCAGUUUCACAAAGGUCUAAGAAGUAAAGCUAAAGACCGACCCCAUCUGACAGUCCUCUUAUGUACAGGUAGAACAACUGUCCUAGUGCUUAAAAAAAAAAAAAAAGGUAUACCAACGCUGUGAGGCUUGGAACUCACCACCCGAACCAACUCAUCCUCACAGGGCACCACGCCAACAAUUAUUAUAAAAAGGAGAAAUGUAGAUGCGCACAAAAAGAUUUAGGUGCACAAUUACUAUUUAAAAGACAAUAAAUGUAGAAUUAUUUGUCUAGUGAUGUUGGUAUACCUAAAUUACAAUAUCAGGUCAUGGGGUAAAAAUAUCUGUUUACGUUUGUGAUCUGAAUUGUUGUGCUGCGUAGUCCUGCCUUAGAAAACCUGACCGGGAUGAGACGCUUGCACAAGUACACUGUCCUUAAGACUCCUUUGACCGUGACUUGAGGCAGCCUAAGAGGUGUGUUAAUAGGCCAGUGACCCUGUCUUGUUGAGAGUGGACGUAGAGAUGGCGAGCUGUGGCUGGAGCUCUCUCUGUGUUUGAAUCAGAGCCACAGGUGUGCUGAACCGUGCUGGGGGAGGGUCAGGUUGGGUGAGCUGUAGUAUGUUGAACAUUUGUGAUGAUCUAAUGGCAGACCAAAGAAUGGACAUUACGUCUACGAUGAACGAGUUCAUGUCCCCCAGCUCCACUGACUUGAUCAGCAGCUCUAUCAACACUUCAGGCAUGGACUACACCCGCAAGAGGAAGGGCAGCACCUCGGACUACCAAAUUGAUGGAUUCUCUUUUGAUGACAGCAGCAUGGACACCGACAAGGAUAAACUUAGGGAUUGUGGUGAUCAUCAAGGUCGGAUCAAAAAUGCCAGGGAGGCGCACAGUCAGAUUGAGAAGCGGCGCCGGGACAAGAUGAACAGCUUCAUAGACGAGCUUGCAGCUCUAGUGCCUACCUGCAACGCCAUGUCCCGCAAGCUCGACAAACUCACUGUCUUGCGCAUGGCUGUCCAGCAUAUGAAGACGUUACGAGGAGCAGCAAAUCCUUACACUGAGGCGAACUACAAGCCCUCUUUCCUGUCAGAUGACGAACUGAAGCACUUAAUAUUGAGGGCUGCUGACGGCUUUCUGUUUGUUGUCGGAUGUGAUCGUGGGAAGAUCCUUUUUGUCUCCGAGUCCGUUUACAAGAUCCUCAACUACAGCCAGAACGAUCUGAUUGGCCAGAGUCUGUUUGAUUACCUACACCCUAAAGACAUCGCCAAAGUCAAAGAGCAGCUGUCGUCAUCCGAUACAGCACCUCGGGAGCGACUCAUCGACGCAAAAACUGGCCUGCCCGUUAAGACGGACAUCACCCCUGGGCCGUCUAGGCUGUGUUCCGGGGCUAGGCGCUCCUUCUUCUGCCGAAUGAAGUGUAACCGGCCUUACGUCAAAACUGAAGACAAGGACUUCCCUUCCACCUGCUCCAAAAAGAAAGCCGACCGCAAGAGCUUCUGCACGAUCCACAGUACUGGCUACCUGAAGAGCUGGCCGCCCACCAAGAUGGGCCUGGACGACGACAACGAGCCGGACAACGAGGGCUGCAACCUCAGCUGCCUGGUGGCCAUUGGCCGGCUGCACCCCCAUAUCAUCCCCCAGCCCUCCCACGAUGACAUCCGUGUCAAAGCCACUGAAUAUGUCUCCCGGCACGCCAUCGACGGGAAGUUUGUCUUCGUCGAUCAGAGGGCCACAGCCAUUCUUGCUUACCUGCCCCAGGAGCUUCUUGGCACCUCUUUCUAUGAGUAUUUCCAUCAGGAUGACAUUGGCCAUCUGGCAGAAUGUCACAGACAAGUGCUGCAGAUGAGAGACAAGAUCCACACGAACUGUUACAAGUUCAAGAUUAAAGAUGGUUCCUUUAUCACCCUCAGAAGCCUCUGGUUUAGUUUUAUGAAUCCCUGGACCAAAGAGGUGGAGUACAUCGUCUCUACAAACACAGUGGUCUCAUGCAGUACACCAGACGAUACUGACCCCUAUUCUCAGCCAGCUACGUCGCCCACUGCCUCUGUGGACAGCGUGCUGACGUCAGAAGGUGGAGGAAGGCGGGCCCUCCAGACAGUGCCAGGCAUCCCUGGGGGGACGCGGGCAGGUGCCGGCAAGAUCGGACGCAUGAUCGCUGAGGAGGUGAUGGAGAUUCAGAGGACCAGAGGCUCGACGCCUUCCAGCUGUGGCUCCAGCCCCCUGAACAUCAGCACCCCGCCUCCAGACUGCUCUCCAGGGGGCAAGAGGAUUCAAAAUGGUGGAACACCAGAGCUUUCUUCAGCUGGGAUGCUGCCAGGAGGACCUGACUCCAUUGGAUAUCCGUACUCCAACCAGUCUGUUAUGAGUGACAACUCUCACCUCAGCAUUGACAUCAUGGACGGCGCCGGCUCCAGCAGCCCCAGUAACGACGAGGCAGCCAUGGCCGUGAUCAUGAGUCUCCUGGAGGCUGACGCAGGUCUCGGGGGCCCUGUGGACUUCAGUGACUUACCCUGGCCCUUGUGAGGACACUCCCGGAGGAACGAGGCGAAUAGGACCGGACUAGGGCCCCCAGAACUUGUCAACCCACCCCUGCACCACCGAUUUUAUUAAAUCAUCCAGAACCACAUUAGUUAGCUAAUGUUGGCUACUGCGCUUCAGUACCUGCUGGAGACGACCAGUCCAGUGGUGGGACUGGAAUGGGAUCUUCCUGUGUUGUACUACCAAGGAUUUCUAUAAUAAAAACCUGUUUGUGUUAUGAUUUUUACACUACAGUA